AUGGCCGGUGGGUUGUGCCGGGGCCUCCAGCCGCCGCCGCCGCCGCCGCCGCCGCCGCCGCCACGGCUGCUUAGCCGCCGCCACAGCUGCUUUGCUGCCACCGUCUGCUCCCAGAGCCCGGCCCACCCCGCCCGCACCCACCUGGGUGGCGGGCGCCCUCUGCGCAGCCGGGUUCGGGAAGUCAGAGACUCAGUGGUCGUUGAGGAUGUGGCCGUGGACAUUACCCAGGAGGAGUGGGCUUUGCUGGAUGUUGCUCAGAGGAAGCUCUACAUAGAUGUGAUGUUGGAAACCUUCAUAAACCUGAUCUCAGUAGCCUUCACUGAACAUAUAGCAGUUCACAGCGGAGAGAGGCCUUUUGAAUGUAAAGAAUGUGGGAAAGCCUUUCGUUAUUUCUCAGAUCUCACUAGACAUACAAGAACUCACAGUGGAGAGAGGCCUUACGAAUGUAAGGAAUGUGGGAAAGCCUUUAGUCAGGCCUCACACCUCACUGACCAUAUGAGAGCUCAUAGGGGAGAGAAACCUUAUGAAUGUAAGGAAUGUGAGCAAACUUUUCGUUAUUUCUCAAACCUCACUCGACAUAGUAAAAUACACAGUGGAGAGAGGCUGUAUGAAUGUAAGGAAUGUGGGAAAGCCUUUAGUUGUUCUUCAAACUUGACUACACACAUAAGAACUCACAAUGGAGAGAGGCCUUAUGAAUGUAAGGAAUGUGGGAAAGCCUUUAGUCGUUCCUCAUCCCUCACUAAACAUAUAAAAACUCACAGUGGGGAGAGGCCUUAUGAUUGUAAGGUAUGUGGCAAAGCCUUUAGUCAGUUGGCACACCUCACUCUCCAUAUAAGAGUUCACACCGGAGAGAAGCCUUAUGAAUGUAUGGAAUGUGGAAGAGCUUUUAGUCAGUCCUCUCACCUCACUACACACAUAAGAACUCACAGUGGAGAGAGGCCUUAUGAGUGUAAGGAAUGUGGGAAAGCCUUUAGAUGUUCCUCGUCCCUAACUAAUCAUUUAAGAACUCACAGUGGAGAGAGGCCUUAUGAAUGUAAGGAAUGUGGGAAAGCUUUUAGUAAGUUGGCAAACCUCUCUCUCCAUUUAAGAGUUCAUACUGGAGAGAAGCCUUAUGAAUGUAUGGAAUGUGGGAAAGCCUUUAGUCAGUUAGCACACCUCACUGAUCACAUAAGAACUCACAGUGGAGAGAGACCUUAUGAAUGUAAGGAGUGUGGGAAGGCCUUUAGUCACUCCUCAUCACUCACUAACCAUAUAAGAACCCACAGUGGAGAGAGGGCUUAUGAAUGUAAGGAAUGUGGGAAGGCAUUUAGUCAGUCCUCAUCCCUAACUAAACAUAUAAGAACUCACAGUGGAAAGAGCCCUUAUAAAUAUAAAGAAUGUGGAAAUAUUUUUAGUUAUUCUUCCACCCUCUGCAAUAUAACUCACAGUGGAGAGAAUCCUUGUAAGGAAUAUGGAAAAGUCUUCAGAUGUGGGAAUCCUUUGUAA